GUUCCAGCGGUAAAUGGACAUUGUCCUGCGCCCACAUCGUCUCUUCGCAGCUGCCUACCUACGUGGUCGGACCACCUGUUCCACUUGGGGGAGGUCCUGAAGGAGCUCCGGAAGGUGGGGCUGACAGCCAACCCCAAAAGCUCAGAGUUUAAAGGUUCAAAAAGAUGAAGAGCAUGUUGAGCAAGAAAAUGGAGAAUUCACAGAGGACCAUGCUUCUAUUUUUAGGGUUAUGCAUUUUCUCAUUGCAGUGGAUGUUGACCCAUGAGGAAGUCAAUGUGGCCUUAGGAGGAAUAGCAACACAAUCUUCUGUAUACGAUAACUAUUACCCCGCUUACUUUGCUAUUGAUGGCAACAGAGACUCUAACGCUUAUCACCACUCAUGUACAAACACAAAUUUUGAUUAUAAUCCAUGGUGGAGGGUGGAUUUGUUGGCGGUGUAUGAAAUUAGCAGUGUAAUCGUCACUAACAGAGGGGACUGCUGUUCAGAACGGAUAAAUGGUGCUGAGAUUCACAUUGGCAACUCCUUGGUCAACAACGGCAACAAUAACCCCAGAUGUGUCGCUAUCUCUAGCAUCCCUGCUGGUGCCUCUGCAAAUUACACCUGCAAGAUGAGGGGUCGUUAUGUGAACAUCGUCAUUCCCAAUGUUAGCCAGUAUCUCACGCUCUGUGAAGUGGAGGUCUCUGGGGCUCCAGUGCCUGUUACUAAGAGGGCAUUUCUGAGAUUAAAGUUUAACAGCAGUGAGGAUCUCAUGAACCCUAACGUGAGGGACAAAGUUCUUCAAAAGAUGAUAUCUGCCAAUGUCCAGCCAACAGUAUUCCAGGUCCGUUGGACAAAAGAACCAGAACUGAAAACUGAAACUUAAAAAAUGGUGGCAGAAAUAUGUCUGAAACAAGAAGAAGAAGAAGAGGAAAAGGAAGAAGUCAAAGAAAAAAAACAGCAAAAAAAGACCAUCAAAUGUGUGAGGUUUGGGUGUAGCACUUAGAACUACUAGCUAACUGAAGUUACAUAUUUAUUAAUUAGAAGUACUGGAAGUUUUUUAGUUUGUUUGUUUGGGAAAUGCAUCUAUGAAAAAUUAUUAAUACAGGGUUCUUACAAGGUGCUUGAAGUGCUUGAAUUUGGCUUUUGGAAAUUUAAGAAAUGGAAACCCUUGAAAAUAGCCAUUUUUUAUCUAACAAGUCAAUAAAUACAAAAUCGCUAAAUAACUUUAAAGGGUUUAUUUUCUAUAGAACAUGAAUACAGUCCUUUCACUCAAAAUAUGACUCUCUGCUGCAGCUCCUCCUCCUCCUGCUGUUCACUCAUUCAUUUAACGGAGACAGCUUCGGUCCAAAUUUCAGACCCCUUUAGCAACUUUUUAAAAAAAAGUUGCGGCUACUCUGUUCAGUGAGGGGCAGCACAUUCAUUCACUUCUAACUUUCUCUCUGAGAGAUUAUUUUACUUGGAAAUAUAGCACAAAAUCACAGUGCACCCGUUGUUUUUAACUUAUGUGUAUGGUGGUUUUGUCAGAUGAUGUGAUGGUUAUAAAAUCAGGAUUUUAGCCGUGCAGAGCAGCAGCUUGGAAAGGUUUGAAAGUCACUGCUGCUGAACAUAGUCUCUUAAUGGGCCGCUGUGCAGUCAUUAUUUCAUACUCGUUCUGUUGUUUGACAAAAGAAACAGAAAAAAUAUGUAAAUGAGAACAGCUUUAUUGGGAAUUUGGCUCUAAAGGGCUGAAAAUAGGCAGAAUGAAAAUAUGAUGUAAUGAUGUAAUUAAUAUGCUAAUUAGCACAUGAUAUCAUCUAGAAACGUGUGGACACAGUGCUCCUGUCACUCACUUGUAGUAUUUUAACAUUAUGGUGAAGAUGAAGCAGUGCUUGGGAAAUACAAAUUUUGUCCAUCAUAGCUGGGAAAAGGACCUAUAUAAAAUUUGUUGUGUUAUUUAAUUAUUAAUAAUAAUAAUUUUUUUUUUUUUUAGAAUUUAAAAAGAAGAAAUAAAGAAUAUAUAUAUUUGAAUGACAUCUCUUAUAUAGUCCUUGAAAUCAAAAACAGAAACAGUGCUUGAAAAGUCCUUGAAAGUCUUGGAAUUUCAUUAUGAAGCAUCUGUAUGGACCCUGUUACUAUGUACUAUGUGAUUGAUGUUUUAAACAUGCCCUCUUGAUUUCUGGGUUUAGCAUAGUUAUACCUUGGUUUGAGUUUAAGAGUCUAGAUUUUCUGGUAGAGUAAUGCUAGUUAAGUUUCUCUCACAAAUAUUAUUGAGUAGAUAGAGUAUAUUCAGUCGCCUUUCUGUGAAAGUGAGAAUUUCUAGGUUAACAUAAUAGAUAACAUAUGACAUUUUGAAAUUUGGUAUAGUUGGAAGUAUGUUUAAAACACAGAAAUUGCUGAGAUCAUGUAAGAAUGAGGUUUUACUCACUGGAAUAAAUGUGUUCACUUUAAACUUUGUUCCUUCCUUUAAACACUUACCUGCUUGAGAAUUUCCAAUGUUUGUAGAAUGAUGAUUCUCAGUACAGCACAUGACCAGUUAUUAAUGGGCUUUUAAUGAAUUAAUUUGUUUGUUUGUUUACUUAUGUGAGACAAUUAUGGGAUUUUCUAUUUUAUUUACUACAUGUACUUUUUUUUAAAAAUGAUUUUACACCUUAUCUUAUUUAGCUCAUCCUUCAUAACCCUUAAAUCAACAUUUCCCAUUGUUAGUAUCAGAAUCUUAUUUAACAUGCAACAUAUUCAAUAAUCUGUAACUAAGACUCAAUAAAGAAAUUCUCAUUACA